AUGGUGAUUAACACUACACAAGCAAACUCCCCUCCUCCGAUCCUACUCUUUUCGUCCCCACCCCGCGCAGGAACUCCAGAAGGCCAAGGAUGCCAGCAGGGAGCAGGUAAAGCUCAUAGGCUGAGUCUAGGCCAUUUAGCAGACAAAAUGCAGCCAAAAGACCGAAAAUUAGAGCAAGACCAAGAAAUACAUUGA